AAAUUUCCGUAAAUAUCGAUAUCAAAGAAACGCUUAUAAGAAAGCGCUCAAUAAAGCGUUGAUCGUGAUCCAGAUGAAAAACAACAAACAGAGUGAGCAAACUUAUUCCAACAAAAGAGUAAAUUCUGCAAGUUUUGUCUUCAGAAGAUUGUUUCCAGCCUGAUCAUUUCCGACAGCUAAGAUGUAAAUGAACUUCAGAAACAGCAAACGAAUGUCAGCAGACGACAGUAUAUGAGUCACCAUCGAUGUCCAUUUCUGGAGACUUUCCUAGAGAUCAUUAAACACUCUAGUGACAGCUCCAGCUUCCCAAAUAGACGAGCGCGCUGUUUCCUGUGGCAGCACUUGUUGUAGUACCUGAUUAAGGGUGGUGAGUCCAUAACGGUGUGACGAUGGACACCUUCUUGAUGAGGAUGCGACGCGCAGCAGGGUCACCUGAUGACCCAGAUGUGCCAGAAACAAAUGCUGCAGUGGCAGGAAACGGAACCAGUUUGGAUGUCACAACAGCAGCAGCAGCAGGGGGAACAGAAAAAUCUGGUAUAGACAAACUUGAAGCCCAAGUCAUGGAACAAAUACAGAGAUUGCCAGUGUGGGCGUUGGUUGCAAUAUGUGCGGGCGCGCUUCUCAUUCUGCUUUGCUGCACAUAUUGUAUAUGCAAACGAUGUUGUUGCAAAAAACGCAAGAAGAAAGAUGGCAAAAAAGGACUCAAAGGCAUUGUGGGACUGGAAGAUGUGAAAAUUCUUGGACAUUCCAUGAAAGAAAAGGUGCAGCCAGACUUGGAGGAACUUGAAGUAAACAUGGAGGACAAUGAAGAUGCUGAAAGUACAAAAUCAGAAGUGAAACUUGGAAAACUGCAGUUCUCUGUCGACUUCGAUUUCCAGAAAGGGGAGUUGGCAGUUGGUGUAAUUCAAGCAGCAGAUUUACCAGGAAUGGACAUGUCCGGCACAUCAGAUCCAUAUGUUAAAGUCUACCUUCUCCCAGACAAGAAGAAGAAGUUUGAGACCAAAGUCCACCGAAAAACAUUGAAUCCAGUAUUCAAUGAAACAUUUGUAUUUAAGGUUCCAUUUGCAGAAGUUGCAUCUAAGACAUUGACUUUUGCUGUUUACGAUUUCGACCGCUUCUCGAAGCACGACCAGAUAGGUCAGGUGCAAGUCCCACUGAACUCUGUUGACCUUGGAAAGACCCUCGAAGAAUGGCGUGAUCUGGCAAGCCCAGAAAAUGAGGAAAAGGAAAACAAACUUGGUGACAUAUGUUUUUCACUGAGAUAUGUGCCGACUGCCGGAAAACUCACCGUUGUCAUUCUUGAAGCCAAAAAUCUGAAGAAGAUGGAUGUUGGUGGAUUGUCAGAUCCCUAUGUUAAAAUAUCGUUGAUGCAAAAUGGGAAAAGGGUUAAGAAGAAGAAAACUACCAUUAAAAAGUGUACUCUGAACCCGUAUUAUAACGAGUCCUUUACGUUUGAAGUUCCGUUUGAACAGAUCCAGAAAGUCACCUUGAUAAUAACAGUGGUUGAUUAUGAUCGUAUUGGAACCUCCGAGCCAAUUGGACGGGUACUCCUUGGCUGCAACUCUACAGGCACCGAACUGCGCCACUGGAGCGAUAUGCUGGCCAACCCUAGGCGUCCUAUUGCCCAAUGGCAUACACUACAGGAAGUACCUGAGAAAAACUAGAGAUACAGUCAAACAGGAAGGAUUAUUCUGGGAAACAUUGUGACCAGUCCUUCGAUUUGAAGUGACAUAUGUGAAACAAACAGAAUUUCAUUUCUAAAACAAUUGCAUUUAGUAGAAAAGUAGAAAAAGUCAUCAGUGUUGGGACCAAGGUAUCUAUGAAGGAAUGCUCUAUGAUUUUCAUAUUUCUGUAUAUCUUACAAUAUUACUAUAUAUUUCACAAUUUGACAUUAUUUAAUGUCACAGAAUUCUUUACAUCACAUAUAUUAUACAUUAUGCUUGGAUGUUGUUUAUCGAUAAAGUUACUGAUUCAGAUUUUUUUUUAAAUCAACAAGAACUGUAUAAGGAUGCUUAUUAUAGUCUGUUUUACAUACUUACUAAAAAUGUAGGAUUAUGUAUUUUGUAUCUACGCACACUGAAUAGUUUAUGUAAUUCUACUAUCUUUACAAAGUAAAAUUUUCUAGAAUUAGUUAUACAUUUGUAGUUGAUCUACCUAAAGCAGUUUGGGAACGAUAUUUUUUUCCAAGCUGCAGUUGUUGCUUUUGAAAAUGGUAUAUUGAAAAAUAUAUCCUGAAAAAAGUUUAAGCGAAAAUGUGUCAAAAAAACUUUGGAAUUAUUUAUAUUCUAUUUCUUAAGGAUCGUGAAAAAAAAAAUGUCAUUAUGUGUAACAGUACUAAAAUAUGAGAAUAGAUUGAAAGUGAAAUACCCCACUGUCAUAUCUUCACUAGUGAAUGAAAAACAGUCAUUUUCUUUUUCUGCUGUUAUUUUACACAUAUUGCAAAUACUUGUGAGUAAGCUGGUUUGUUACAUUGCUAUAAUCACACUGCUGAUUUCGGCCAUUUCCUUUUUUUCUCAAAAGAUAAGAGUUUUAGAUAGGUUUAUCUCUGUUUUAGUCCAUUAAUUAAUACUGUAGAUUAAGGGCAAGCACAAUCUAUGGGACUGAUAAUAUUUAAAAAAUCUGACAAAAUAUUAUGGUGUAUCAGCAUAAUAUAGGCUUUUUCUUAUAAGUUUCCUGGAUAAUAGAGAAAUGAAAUUACAAAAGUUCCAUUUAAUGACCAUCACUUUUCAGACAACUGUAUCAGUUUACAGACAAGUAUAUUACAAUAUUUAUGUAUCCCAUCAACAUUGGUUGUAAAUGUGUAUGAAAGCACAUGUUACAUUGAUAUUAAUUAUAAUAUGAGCCGCGCCAUGAGAAAACCAACAUAGUGGGUUUGCGACCAGCAUGGAUCCAGACCAGCCUGCGCAUCCACGCAGUCUGGUCAGGAUCCAUGCUGGUCGCUUUUAAAGCCUAUUGGAAUUAGAGAAACUGUAAGCGAACAGCAUGGAUCCUGACCAGACUGCGCAGAUGCGCAGGCUGGUCUGGAUCUAUGCUAGUCGCAAACCCAUUAUGUUGAUUUUCUCAUGGCACGGCUCAUAUAUCAUAUAUCUGUAUAGAGUGUUGUAUUGUGUAGAAAAAAUCUUCUUUUUUGUCUUAAAAUAACACAAAAAAAUCUGACUGUUAUACAAAGAUCUGGAUGUGGUUGUUGCAGUGAUAUAUAUAAUGAAGAUGUAAUUCAUGGCUGUGUGAAUUAUAGAUGUAAUUCAUGGCUGUGUGAAUUACAGCUCAGAUCUGAUAUUGCUGAGAUAUAUAUGUUUGUAAAAUUAACUGAUGUUCAUUAUUUCUUUGUUUUUACUCUUUUUGGCUGAUAUUGUCAUUAUAGACUGUCUGAGUUGUGCAUUAAAGGGAAGAAAUAAAGUGGUAUCAUAUAAGAGUUUCACGCAAAUGGAAGAGUUACUGUAACUCCUCCAAAAAUUUGAAUUGACGUAACACAUAGGUGAAUGAAGAAUUGAAAAAGUGACAUUUAUUCAAUAAAAAGGCUUGGGAUCAUUUUGGAAGAAAAUUUCUUGAAAUAAUACAGUAUAUUACUUUGAUGAAGUGUUUCGACUCUGUUUAAUGUUUUUCUGUAAUGUAAGUCUUUAACAUUUCUUUAAUGUACCAAGCUGCGGUGGGGAAAAGUUCGAGCCCUGUCAGAGCCUGGUCUUGUUACUGAAAUAAAUGCCAGCCAGUUAAUUAAUGGUUACUGAUUGCCUACCUGCCUGGUGCCAAGCAUCCAGAAGUUAUGCUGUUCAAUAUAAGUAGGUGUCUCUAUAAAACAACAUGGCUGAUCUUUUCAGUAUAGGUGACACUAUAAUGAACAAACACUUUAUGUUUUAUUUUUGUACCUGAUCUGAAUGUUUCAUUUAUUAUUUACUGUUUACAUCUAGAGAACUGUUGAAGAGAUUAUGUAAAAACUUCUCCUAAAGUUUAAAAGGGUAAUGUAAUACAAUGAUAUGAAGAGGUUGAAUAGUAGAUCAUGUGUAGUUAUAACUGUGUUGUGAUUAUGAUCAUGUAUUCAUAUGGAAAUCCCAUGAUGGAAUUGUUAGUUGAUUUUUUGCUGUGAUAUGUUAUUUUUAGAUUUUUUUUUUGUUUUUAUUAGGUCAGAGAAAGUAAUUUUCAGAUUCCUUAAUGCAAUUCUGUCAUGAGCUUUAACAUAAGAAAACAGAAAGUGAUUUUUAAAAAUAAAAAUUGAAGCUCUGUUUGGUAUUUUCAAGAUAUAUGUUGAAAAGGUGUGACAUAAUAAAUGGAAGAAGUUGAUGUACCUACAACAAAUCUUUAAAAAAAAUGAACCCGUCUUAUAAGAGGGUCUUAUUUGAAUACUGCCGAUUUUUGCGCAAACUCCGGACCCCGUCUUAUAAGUGAUCCACCUUAUAAAUGAGUAAAUAUGAUAGUUGUCAGUUAGUCACACACAAAAAAAAGCACACCAACGUUGAAAUGCUUUCAGUACAGCUGAGGCUUUUACGAAAGUCUGCAGAUAUUUUCAGUAGGACUUUUCCAUGGAAAUGAACUGACACAGUUUUUUUUUAGAAAUUGUUGAUUUUUAUCGUACAAGUGUUGACUUCGAAAUUUUCACAACCAAAAGUCAAAUAUAAAUUAGCAAAUAAUCUCCCUUUUAAGAAAUUUAUCACAUUAUGGAAUCUCAAACAUGUUACUUUCUGUGACUUUAUUUACUUAGUGAAUGAUUGUGAAUCUCUGAUUGAUUUAUGUAUCACAUUAUAAUUAUGUAAAAAAAGACGGUGGCCAAAAGAAACUCACCAUUGAAUUUAGAAAAUGCAUUUGCAGUUAAACGUUUUCUUGUAAUGUACAUUUAGCAGCAUGCAGUGCAUUUAAUUUAUCUUAAUCAGGAUUUACAAUCUUUUAUUUUACAUUUGAAACAUUCCAUAUUUUGGACCAAAAAAAACAUUUCUUUUUGAAAUAUUCCAGGUCAUAUCAGUUGUGAAUAAAGUGUAUGUAUGCUUGAUUUUGAAUCUUUAGUUUAACCCAAUACUCUGCUAAAUUUCUAUAAUGAACUUGUCCACCUUUCAAUUUGGACAGUAUCAUCAUCUGUUAAAAGGGGUGCAUACCAAAAAAAGAUACUGACUGAAUGGCAAACAGUGCAGAUCACGAUUAGACUGCAUGGAUGUGCAGGCUGAUCAUGAUCUGCACUGGUCGCAAGGGCAGAAUCAGUCGUGUCCAGCAUGAUAAGGGUUGAAAUGACUGUGUUCAGUUUUUUUUUUAUCUCUUUAAGCAUUAAGUCUAUAAACUCAUUAUUGUUCCAACACUGUUUCUCUACUUCAUAUCAUCUGGACUUAGUAUUUGAGUUGAGUGUAAAGACAAGAGUAUUUGUUACAAGUGACCUAAAUUAUAGUAGAGUAAAGAGGUUUGGGGAUUUUACAGAUGGGCAGAUAACUUUAAUUUGUUGUAAAGAACAAUUACACUUUGAAACUGCCUAUUUCAGGAUAAUGCCGUCGUUGGAUAAGUUAACUUAAAGCAGAAAAAGGUUGUGGGUUUUUUUUUUUUUUUUUCAAAUUAAAUCUUGCUAAAAUCAUUAGUAUGUGACUAUAUAUAAGAUAAAGUUGUGAAAUUAUGUGACAAACCGUCUGAUCAAGAAUCUAACCAUCAGACACUAAUACUCAUAAUACCUUUGUCUGUGGUAAAAAUAAGUAAAGUUGAAAAAAAAACAACAAGAUUGUUUUAUUUUACAGAAAUUUUUGGGUUUUAUCCUUACUUGGUAGUACAAACUUAGCUUGGCAAAAUAAAAAAAAUGAUGGGCUGAAAUUAAUCUGUAUUUUCAAAUUACACAUCAGUACAAAUGUGAGAAAUAUCGUAACAUUAAAGAUUUUAAACGUUUGUCUACUAUAACCAGUCCUGUAUAUCCAUUUAACAACUUGAAAUGGAUUCAGUUGCCAUUACAUUACCUUACCUUUUAAGCAACUUUUAAGUCUACUGAUCCUGCAGGAUUAUUGACAUUUAUUCUGAUUCUUUUGCAAAAUUUUUUUUAUCAAGUCUAUCAGUCAGCAGAACAUAAAUGAGCUGCACCAUAAGAAAACCAACUAAUGCAUUUGCGACCAGCAUGGAUCCAGACCAGCCUGCGCAUUCGCGCAGUCUGGUCAGGAUCCAUACUGUUCGCUUUCAAACCCUAUUGCAAUUAGAGAAACUGCGCAGGCUGGUCUAGAUCCAUGCUGAUCGCAAAUGCACUAUGUUGGUUUUCUCAUGGUGCAGCUCAAAUUAUGUUAGUUUAACAAAAGUCUAAGUUUCUGACUUGAAUUUAGUGUCAUUUAUACACUGGAGACAUUCUAAGCCAGCAUCAAGCAAAACAUGAGAUUCUCUUAGAAAAUGUGCUUUUCUAAUUUAUGUAUCUUUAAGCCAGAUUAAAAUAUAUUUUAUGAUUCAUUUGAGAAAAAUACUUAAUGUAAGCACUGUUUAUAUCAUUGUCAAGGGUAGAAAUAUCUUUAGGAAUAGACUUGGAAAGACUUAAAUUGUGAGAAGUUUUUUUUCCAGCUUGAAUUUCAAUUUCAAUUUUUUAAAGAAAAGUGGAAAUUUCUAUAUAUUAAAAACAAUAGAUUUUCAAGAUUGUCAUUAUAUUUUGUUUGUUUUUAUUAAUUUGAUGAGAUCUUUUGUUGAAUUAUUUUACUACUGCUUUUACAAAAAUGCUCUUUUUCAGAAUUGUACAAAAAAUCACAAAUUCAUAGAGAAUUGUUUUGUUGGUGAAUAAAGUCUUUUGUCCAAA